CCGCAGGCUGAACCGCACACUGACGCACGAACAGGAGUUUGCCGAUCGCUUUCUGCCAGACGAUGAGGCGGCACAGGCUCUGGGUCGGACAUGUUGGGAGGCAUUAAUUGCCCCCCUGGUGCAGAGCAUAACUACUCCAGACCCUGGAGGGAUGAGCCCCCUGCACUGGCUCCUCACCAAGUACCUGGAAAAUGUGCGGCUUUCUAGGCGCCCCAAGUCUCGAUCCUCCGUCUUUAACUCCCGCGUGCGCAGGCUGACGCACCUCCUGGUCCACGUGGACUCCAGUCUCCCCGAAACAGAGGCCCUGAAACCCCCCAGCAAAACCAAUGAGAAAAGUCCAGAUUCAGCCUCUUUGCCAACGAAGGGCACCGUUUCUCUCCUGAGCACCAUGACGGGGAUAGCCGAGUGCUGGCAGGGGGUAGUACAGAAGCAGGUGCAGAGGUUCCUGGAGGUGUCGUGGAACAACACUGAUCUGGUUCCUCGGUUCUGCUCGCUGUACCUGGAGCUCAGACAGGCCAUGGAGGAGCUGUUUGGCCAACAGACCCUGUUUCUCCUGUCGCUGCGCCAGGGGUUCUGUGAGGGGCUCCUUCAGCUCUCCUUCUUAACCGCACUGCAUAUAACGGAGCAGUUUGCUCGCUACAUAGACUGCAGGAUCCAGGAGAUCAGCACAGAUUACUAUAACCUACAGGCCCUCGGCCACUUACAGCAGUUCCUGGAGUUUGUGCUUUUUCUUUCUGACCUGGAACUGGCCAAUUCCUUUGAGCACUUCUACAGGCAUUACCUGGCGGAUCGGCUCCUCUCAUUGGGCCCCUCGUGGUUGGAGAGCUCCGUGGUGGAUCACAUCGGGAUUUGCUUCCCAAACAGAUUCCCCCAACAGAUGCUGAAGAACCUACAGGAGGCCAGUGAUCUACAGAGGGAGCAGCACCUGUUCUGCCUGCAGGAAAUGGACACCGGCCUCCUGUCUGAUGAGGAGGGAGAGGACAUGGAGGAGGAGAAGUCUAUAGGUGUCGGCCAUUUGGGGGAGGAGCCAAAAGUGCACAUUUCCGUCUUGUCCCCGCGGUGCUGGGCAAUACCGUCUCUUUGCUACAUGAAGGAUCCUACCAAAUAUUUCCCAGAAUCCCUCUGCCGGCCGCUGAACUGUUUCAAGGACUUCUAUACAAAAAGCCAGUCUCUGCAGGGAUCUGAUCUGACUCAGAGCCGCCGGUUGCAAUGGACCUGGUUGGGAAAUGCUGAGGUGCAAUAUGGGAGUUUAACCCUACAAGUUUCCACCCUGCAGAUGUUCAUUUUGCUGCAGUUUAACCAGCGGGAGGAAGUUUCAUUUGAGUCCAUAACCCAGGCCACCGGCCUCUCCCAGGUCCUUAUUGGCCAUGCACUGUCCCCACUCACUGCCAAGGGUGCCAUCCUGACCCAGGAGGAGGGGUAUCUGCGAGUGAAUGGGGAAGCGAGGAGCGAGCCAGGGGCGGGCAGGGUCCUGCGCUUACUUCCCAGACAGACCUACCUGAAUGUGGAGGAAGAUGAGGGUCGGACACUGGAGAGGAAGAGGAACGUUAUCUUUUGCCUCAUAACCCAGAUCAUGAAGGAGGAGAAGGAGCUGCACAUUGAUAACCUAGUGUUCAGGGUGAUUGAGGCCUGUCAGAAAAUGGAGUCUGGGCGGAGCCUGAAGUUCCUGAGCUUUGGCUGUAGCCACACGGACGUGCUGUCCUGUAUCAUGCACCUGAUCAGCCAGGGCUACGUGCGGCGCAGCGACGACCGCCCCCAUAUACUGGAGUAUCUGUCCAAGGACCCGGCCACCCCACAUAAGGGCAAAGCCCACAUCAGCUUCCAGAGCCCGGGCAGGAAGAGACAGGGUCACGGCAGCAAUCAGCCCCCCCCUAGCUCCAGUGGAGGAACGGAGCAGGGGGUUCUGGAGACUGUGCUCCUCCCCAUGGGGCGGACCCUAAGCCAGGAGGAUGUGCGGGCGCUGAUGGGCCAGAUGGUGGCGCAGGUUUCCCAAACGCUGAGUAUCGACCCAGACACGGCCCAACAUCUGCUCAUUCACUGCAAGUGGAACGUGGACCUCCUGCUGCAGAAAUACACGGAAGAACCAGAACUGCUGCUCAUCUCCUCCGGCCUGCAAGUGCGGGACCCCCAGCACCCAGAGAGCCCCCAGCCUGCCUGCCCCGUGUGUGUCAGCCCCCUGAGCCCAGCGGAACAUCACCCAACUCUGUGCUGCCAGCACCUGUGCUGCAAGAGCUGCUGGAAGGAAUAUCUGACAACACGAAUUGAACAGAAUCUGGCGCUGAACUGCACCUGCCCAACCACCGACUGCCUGGCACAGCCCACGUCUGACUUCAUCAGCAAGAUCAUCACCUCCAAGGAGGUCAUAGAGAAGUACGAGAAGUCUCUCCUGCGAGGUUUUGUAGAGAACUGCUCCAACCUGACGUGGUGCACAAACCCCCAGGGCUGCGACCGGGUCCUGUGUAAGGAGGGAUUGGGCAGCGGCGCCGCCUGUACCAAGUGCUCGUGGCUCUCCUGCUUUAACUGCAGCUUCCCCGAGGCCCAUUACCCGGCCAGCUGCAGCCACAUGUCCCAGUGGAUGGACGACGGGGGCUUCUAUGAGGGGAUGACUGUGGAGGCGCAAAGCAAACACCUGACCAAGCUGAUCUCCAAGCAUUGCCCCAGCUGCCAGGCGCCUAUCGAGAAGAACGAGGGAUGUCUGCAUAUGACCUGUGCCAAAUGUAACCAUGGAUUCUGCUGGCGAUGCCUAAAGCCCUGGAAACCCACCCACAAGGAUUAUUACAACUGUUCGGCCAUGGUCAGUAAAGCCGCCCGGCAGGAGAAGCGGUUCCAGGACUACAAUGAGAGAUGCACGUUCCAGCACCGUGCCAAGGACUUUGCGGUGUCUCUGCGCAAGCGGCUGAGUGUUCUGAGGGAGGAGCCCCCGUUGCGCUCACUGACCUUCCUCAUCACCGCGUGCCGCGUCCUGGAGCAGAGCCGCAAGGUUCUGGGGUACGCCUGUGUCUACAGUUACUACAACCAGGAUUCCGAGCGCCUCGAUGUGCUGGAGUCUCAGACUGAGAACCUGGAGCUCCACGUCAGCGCCCUGCAGAUCCUUCUGGAGGACAGCCUGUUGCAGUGUGAGGACCUGGGCUCCUGUGUGCGACUCCUGAGUGCCGAUAAGUACAGCAGUGGCCUGGAACUGGUCCGGCGAGUGCAGGAGAGACUGCGGGGCAUCCUACAGCACUCCACUCAGGAUUUCCGCGUGGGGUUCCUGUCACAACCGGAUCACAAAGAGAUGAAACUUUCCAAUGUGCCGGCGCCGGUGACAAACCUGCCUGCAGCCGCAAAUGUUGCUGAGGGAGCGUCGGACUCGGGGGACACGGGGGGGGAGCAGGACGAUGAAGAGGACGAUUACGCGCAGGACUGGCACGAGGAAUAUGACGAUGACUUGGAUGAAGACGAUUUCUCUUAUGAUGAAGAUGAGGAGUCGGAGAAUUUCGAGCCGGACUCCUUUAUCUUUGAGGAUGAUGAUGCUCAGGCCUAUUAGCUUUGCCACUGACGGGAGGAGCUUAUUUGCCCCCCAGCUUCUACUGCUUUACCCCCCCAGCCCUGAUACCCCAGGGCCUGCCACGUCUCAUUGCCCCGCCUGUUGCAGAAGCCAGUUUACUUGCCCCAGUUCAAGCUUGUUGCCCCAGAGUGCCUCAGAAUUGUGACAAGUUUGUGGCACGGGGCGGAGUUAAUUACCCAUAAUUCACUCAUUAACUACCCCGGCCGGGAGUUCUAUACAUUUAUAUUUAUAAUUAGAAUUAUUUUUAUUAUUAAAUUGCUCUUUGUUUUUCCUGA